AUGGAAACAAUAGGCGCGGCGUGGUUUCAUCAAAAACUCGAGAUUGAGAGAGUCGGCGAUUCGGAGAGACCGAGACGAAUCGAGCCGGCCAAUUCGAUCAUUCGUUGCUCGAAAAUGGCCGACAAUCAAGUUGUCAACAUCCCGCGAAUUCUCUACUCUUUCGACGCCUAUCUGUUGCCCCUCAUUGUCUUACACGGAAAACUGUUCAAGUUCCUCGUGAUCAAGACCAUCGGCACAAUCGUCAUCGAUUUCGUCAUUGUGAAAUUGUUGCCCAGAAAUGUUCGAGCGCACGCGGCCUUCUUCUGUCGCGUCGCCUACUACAGCCUCUUUCAGCUCAUCAUCGUCGAUGGAAUGAGCUUCGCGAUGUGGCUGAUCCUUCUCAUUGAUUUGAUGCGUUCCUUCUCACGUCUUCUCAAUUGA